GACAUAUUGGAAGCAAGUUUGUUGCCUUGGAGUCCAUAUUCUGACUCUUUGGAGCUGAGGAGUGCGAAGGUGACCAUUUGUUUUUCAUUUCAAAGAUCUGGCAAAAAACAGGCUGUUGCUCUUCUUCUGGAAAAGCCUGAUUGGUAGGAUUCCUUUUAAGGGCUCUGCCUCAAAGUGUUUUAUCCCAUCCUCUCACCAACUUGAAAACUAAAAGCUUGACAAGACCCUCUGGAGGCAAACUGCAGGACUCUGUCAUUUCACGCAAAUGGCUAAUCCUGGAGGUGGUGCUGUUUGCAAUGGGAAUCUUCACAAUCAUGAGAAACAGAGCAAUGGCUCACAAAGUGGAAACUGCAGGAGGAAUGGGAUGACGAAAGAAGCCCAGCAAAAUGGAAAACCACAUUUUUAUAAGCCAAUUGUUGAAACCUUUGAGGAAGCACCGCUUUACGUUAUGGUUUUCACUUACUUGGGAUAUGCACUUGGAACCCUGUUUGGCCAUUUCAGAGACUUUUUGAGAAAGUGGGGAAUAGAAAAAUGCAACGCAGCUGUAGAGCGAGAAGAACAAAAAGAUUUUGUGCCGCUGUAUCUAGACUUUGAAAAUUUUUUCAAGCGAAACAUAUACAUGCGGAUCAGAGACAACUGGAACCGGCCUAUCUGCAGCGCCCCGGGGCCUCGGUUCGAUGUUAUGGAGAGGGUAUCAGAUGACUACAACUGGACAUUUAGGUUUACUGGAAGAAUCAUCAAAGAUGUCAUCAACAUGGGUUCCUAUAACUUCCUGGGCUCUGCAGGCAGGUAUGAUGAAUCUAUGAGGACAGUAAAGGAUGUUUUAGAGGCAUAUGGCACAGGCGUGGCCAGCACCAGACAGGAGAUGGGUACCUUGGAUAAGCACAAAGAGUUGGAGGACCUUGUGGCUAAGUUCCUGAACGUAGAAGCAGCUAUGGUCUUUGGCAUGGGAUUUGCAACUAACUCAAUGAAUAUCCCUGCACUAGUUGGAAAGGGAUGCCUCAUUUUAAGUGACGAGCUAAACCACACAUCUCUUGUUCUUGGGGCCCGACUCUCAGGUGCAACCAUAAGGAUCUUCAAACACAACAACAUAGAAAACCUAGAGAAGCUCCUGAGAGAAGCAGUAAUCUAUGGCCAGCCACGAACCCACAGAGCUUGGAAAAAGAUUCUCAUCCUGGUGGAAGGCAUCUACAGCAUGGAAGGUUCCAUUGUGCACCUGCCCCAGAUCGUGGCUCUGAAGAAUAAAUACAAGGCUUACCUCUACAUAGACGAGGCUCACAGCAUUGGGGCCGUGGGCGCCACCGGCCGAGGUGUUGUGGAAUUCUUUGGAAUGGACCCUCGUGAUGUUGAUGUGUUGAUGGGCACAUUCACCAAAAGCUUUGGCUCCUCAGGAGGCUACAUAGCUGGAAGGAAGGACCUUGUGGAUUAUUUACGGGUUAACUCACAUAGCUCUGUUUACGCCACAUCCAUGAGUCCCCCGAUAUCAGAGCAAAUCAUCAGAUCAAUUAAAGUCCUCAUGGGAAUGGAUGGGACCACACAAGGAUUGCAGAGAGUACAACAACUUGCAAAAAACACAAGAUACUUCAGACAAAGGCUAAGGGAAAUGGGAUUCAUUGUUUAUGGCAAUGAGGAAUCUCCUGUUGUUCCCCUGCUCCUUUAUAUGCCUGGUAAAGUAGCGGCUUUUGCAAGGCAUCUGUUACAGAGAAAAAUUGGGGUGGUAGUUGUUGGGUUUCCAGCCACUCCCCUUGCAGAAGCUCGAGCUCGGUUUUGUGUUUCCGCGGCACAUACACGAGAGGAUUUAGACACAGUCUUGGAAGCCCUUGAUGAGCUUGGUGAUCUCUUGCAACUGAAAUAUUCCCGGCACAGGAAGUCACCGCGCCCUGAACUCUACAAUGAGACAAGCUGUGAACUUGACGAUUAAGUCUCCCAUUCCUGAAUGGAGCGUAAAGAUUUUGCAGGAAAGACCUUCCUCUUUGCCUCAAAAGGAAUAUAAAUGAGUUUCUCCCCCUUUCUCAAGACAAAUUUGGUUUCCGGACCAGGUUAAUUGGACUGACAGAGACAUUGUUGUUGUGUUUUUAAUGUCUCUGUAACUUGGGGCUGGAGAGACGAAAAUAUGAUUUAAGUUUCUCCUCUCCCAAGUAUUCUGCUAGAAAUACACACACAUACUUCUUAGAAUAUUUUUAAUGGCAACGAGUCUGUGUUUCAGCUGCUACUGUGCAGCCUCUUUGGUCCAGGCCCUUUCGGGGGUUCCAACCAAAAGACAGCGUUUUGAUUUUUAAUUCAGUAGAUCUCACUAUGCGUUUACUUAUUUCAUCUGCAAACAUGGGUGAGGGUGGUGGGCAGUAGCUGACUUCCUUGUUUCACUCAUGAAAGUCCCAGCUAGCACUCCUCCGUGUCAUGGGAAGUUCCAGGCAGGAGGGUAAGGAAGUGUUGCUUCUACCAUUUGCUACAUUUGGACGUUUUCCAAGGACAAGUGUUUUAAAAGACAUACUUGAUGUUUUAAGGGAGACAGCAAAACUGGCCAGCAGAGACUAGAGACAUCUUUGAAGGAAAAUUCCUUUUUCUCUUGCUGGUCUCCUACAGUUUUAUGGCUGAGCUUUUGAGGUUUGGAAAACUCAAGACUUUUGUUUCAUAAGAAAGGGGGCAGAAAGCAAACACAAGCCAAUUUUAGGCCUAGACUUUUGAGUCUGCCAAGUUAUAAAAACUUGAAACAACUGUCUGUGCCAUGCAAAGUGAAUGGUGAGCAUACAUAACCUUUAUUACUAUCAGGAAUGAGUUGUCAUUUUUCUAUUUAAUUUUGAGUAAAUGGUGGAAUUCAAUUUCCUUUAGCACUGAAUCCCAAGACCACACUUGAAGAA